AUGGAGAUGCAGCAUCAGCUCCGCCCGCAGCCGCCGCCCCCGGCGCUGUCCCGCCCCCGGAGCCGGCGCUGCUGUGCCGGGCGGGCAGCGGCUCCUGGCCGCCCCAUGGACCGGAUCGCUGCCCUGCGGCUCCUGCUGCUGCUGCUGGCCGCGCUCGGCCGCUCCGAGGAGCGAAGCCCCGCCGCGAACAGUUCACACGAGUUUUCAGAUCAAGAUUCUCUCCAGAGAGUUGGUCAGCAUUACAAUGGUCGUGUGAAACCAAAGUUUAAUGUCAAUCAGGAGACAAUUGCACAGGCUGUCAGCUACAACUCAAGCAGGGGGGGACAGUGGCAAGGAGCACCCUGGAGCCACCCUGGGCUCCCCCACAGCCACUGCAGCCCCCUGAACGUCACCAUCAACGGCACCCCCUGCAUCCUGUUCUGGGCCAGGAGGAUCCUGAUCAGGAUGGAGAACCACACCCAGCUGGAUUUGACAGACAGGACCUUUGGAGCCCAUGCCACCGUGGAUGUUGGGGACUCAAACUGCAGCGAGGACAGUGCCAUGCUUUCCCUGAAGUUUGGUGACAUUGGGAAUCUGAAGGGACUUGUUAUCAGGCUGCUGCUGACCACCAGCUACUACCAGCUGUCGGUGCAGAGCUGGUUCAGCCUGCAGAGGCUGCAGCUGCUGUACAACCACUCGGUGCAGGCGACGUUCAACGCCUCGGGGAUCCGCGCGCCCGCCGCCCACUCCUUCCGCUGCCAGCGCGUCAGCAGCCUGCAGAGACACGAUGCUCUGCUGGUGCCCAGCUCCGAGCACGACCUCUCCCACCUCUGGGAGGUCACCUUCAUCGACUUCCAGAUUCAAGGUUUUAACAUCCAAGAAGGACAUUUUGCCUAUGCCAGGGACUGUGCAUCCUUCUUCUCCCCAGCAAUCCUGAUGGGCUUGGUGAUGUCCCUGAUUCUGCUGCUGGUCCUGGCCUAUGCUCUGCACAUGCUCAUCCACCUGAAAUCCCUGGACAGGCACUACGAGUGCAAAGCUCCUCCUGCCUAUUUUGCACAGAUGAAGGACAGUGACAUGGGAGAUGAGAAGGAGCCCCUGAGAAACAGUGGAAAUGAGUCCUAUGAACUCAGGAACCAGCAGUUUGGUAAAAUCUAUAUUUAGCAGUGUCUCAGUGAAACAAGAGGUGUUUUCUUCUGCUGGCACUGUUGUGUGUAGUCUGUGCAGAUUUUUUUACCAGCCGAUGAGAGGAAAAGUAGGUAACAGAUUGUUUUAGCCCGUUAUUCACUGGUAAUCAUCUUGAAGAUGCCUUGGGAAUGAAGGUGAGAACAAAAAGAAUUCCAUUGUGAGGUAUUUGUGUUGUGGGACUUUAUUCCUGUAGCAAAAAGCCAAAAUAGAGGCAUAGCUUUUUAUCCAGCUUACCAAGUCUUGAAGAGAGAAUCUGUAAUUAAAUAAACUUUGUAAUUAAAUAAACUUUGAAAUUAAAUAAAGGUUAAAAAAAACAAA